AUGGUCGACUACUCUAAGAAGACGGUGGUUGAGCUGAUAGAGAUCCUUAAAUCGCGGAGCCUGCCACAUUCAGGAAAGAAGGCAGAUCUUAUUGCCAGGCUGAACGAAGCAGACAAAGCAGCUCAAGAAAAUGAAACCGAGAAUGCGCCUCCAGUAGAAACGUCCACCACGCAGCCUGCCCCAGCGCCAGAACCCACCACGGCCGCAGUGCCAGAACCUACAUCUGAGGAACCUGCAGUCGCGGAACCCGCAGCAGUAACUGAAAGUGUCGAUGAGAAAGACUCUCCGUCCGCAAAUACCGACACAGCACUAGCCAAUUCUACUUCCUACGCCCUGAACCUACCGCAAUCAGAUCUUGACUCCGAGAUGGCCAAGCGCAAGGCUCGUGCUGAGAGAUUCGGUACCAGCGCAGCCCCUACAAAUGGUGAAACAGGAGCAGACACCGCAGAUGGUGAGGCUCAGAGAGCUCUGGAACGCGCGCGACGCUUUGGAACUGGUCAGACGGCUGUGGGAAAGUUGGACGAAGCCUUACCUGAAGAGCGCGAGCGUGGUUCGAGGAAACGAGGCAGGACUGAAGAGAGCGGCACCAUGGACGAUCCUGGUCUGCGAAAGAGCUUUGGGGGCCGAGGAGGCCGAGGAGGAGGAGGCCGUGGUGGAAGAUUCCGAGGAAGAGGUGGAAGGGACAACUCACGACGGAGACCGGGAGAGAAGCCUUCUGGGAUUCCUAAGCAAUCAGGCGUGUUUUCUACGGAUGCGGACCGUGCUGCCGCCGAGGCGAGGAAAAAGAAGUUCGCAACAGCGUCUUGA